UGGGGGCGGGAGGCGGAGGCAGAGGCAGAGGCAGCGGAGCCCCAUAUAAAUCCCGGCAGAGCUCAGGCCAGGAGCAGAUAGCACUGAGGGAGAUUCGACGAGGGCCCCUGCCGCCUGCCCUGGCCCCCCGGACCCCCGUCCGUCCUCCACCAUGGCUCUUACAUCUUUCUCGUGGCUGCUCCACUCGGCUUCAUUCUGCCAUCUUGCCAUGCUGCUGGCGGGACAGCACUUUGGUGUGAACAAAUGCAGCAUCAAGUGCAGCAGUAUGAACAACAAGACGAUCCCUCUGCAGCUCCUAGUCCAUUACCAACUGUCUCAAGGAUCAUGCGGCCAAAAUGUCGUCAUCUUGAAGACCAGAAAGCAAAAAUUAUUCUGUGUUGACUCAAACGAGGAAUGGGUCAGAAAGGCCAUGGACCAUCUAAAACUCCAGGCUGAUCUUCUGGGUCAGAAUGGUGGCAAGUUCGAGAAGCAAAUCGGCAUGAGUGAGCCCAGGACCAUCCUGGCCACCAGGGGAAUGGACGGGUCUGCGGUCUCAGAGACCAAAGUCACAAGUGAAAGCAGUAGCCAGGAGGCACGGAGGGCCUUCGGUACUUCCCCAGGGCUGCCGACAGGAGCGGCUGAUUCCAGGGGGACCAGGUUCCCCUCCACUUCAGAGACUCCGGAUGGAGGGGCCGAGACAACUGAGCUUUCCAACGGGGCUGCCAUCACCACCGCCACGUCUUGGCAGAGUUCUUCUUACCAAUCUGGGGCAGGCCCCUGGGCUGAGGAGAAAGCCUCUGAAGCCCCCUCCACCCAGGCCCCCCCCACCCAGACCCUCCCCACCCAGGCCCCCUCCACCCAGGCCCCUACUAUUUCAUACACAGUCCCAGAGGACUAUGUUGGGUCUGAACCUUUGUGGAUCAAGGGCCAGGAUCCCAUACCAGAGAACUCUCUAGGGCCCAAAGAGGUGGGUCCCCCUUCAGCUCCCAUGGAUGCUUUCAUGGGACCUGGCAGCGUUUCUGACGUCUUCGUGGUCUCUGCAUCCUCUGAAGGGUCUCCCAGCACGGAUCCAUCGGCCUCCGGCAGGGCCCCCAAGGCCAAGGAGCCCAUGCAUGCCACCAUGGACCCCCAGAGGCUGGGCGUCCUCAGUACUCCCAUCCCCGACUCCCAUGCGGCCACCCGGAGGCAGGCGGUGGGGCUGCUGGCCUUCCUUGGUCUCCUUUUAUUCCUCGGAGUGGCCAUGUUUGCCUACCAGAAUCUGCAGGGCUGCUCCCGCAAGAUGUCAGGGGACACGGUAGAAGGGCUAUGCUAUGUCCCCCGGAGCUGUGGCAGUAACUCUUACGUCCUGGUGCCAGUGUGAGCUGCCCACCUGCCUGUGUCGCUGUUAACUGCCUGGGGUCCCCCAUCCUCACACCCACCCUCAGCCAAGCGCCUGGUCUGAGCUGGGAUGAUUGGAGCAAGGAGGCAGGAUCCCCAGGUGGGACUGCUCUCAGCUCCUGGAGGCCACCCUUGACCAUUCUUAACCCAUGGUGGACAGAGAGAGAGGCCUCCACAACUCAGACCAAUACCCUAAGUCACAAAACUCUCCUCCGCUAUUGGCUACUCAGAGGGUCCUUUAGACACCAUGCCAGCCCCAGUGAACAGUUAUGUACUGAACGCCCAGCACCCUGACCCAUGUCCCCUGUGGGUACCAUGAUCAUCCCAUCUCACAAACAAGACUCAGGCCAGGCCCCUUCUGCCCUGUCCGUCACACCUCAUUGUGUCUCUUGGUCCCGCUGCGGUUGCCUGUCACCCUGGCCACCUGCGGUGCUAGCUCCCCUGCCCCCUGUACAGACCCCCUGCCCCAGCCGGGGACCUGUCUUUUCUUGCAUGAGGCUAGGGUGGCGUGCUUCCUGGGACUUCUCCCAGCAAAGGAUCUGCCCUGAGGUUGGCGUCACGGGAACAGGAGAUGAAAUUGUGCAGUGGCUCCACUUUCUUCCCUCCUCAGCCUGUGCUCUGCAGCAGAGGAAUAUUGACUCUGACCGCGAAGGCUGGGGGUCUAGUCCCAGGCCCACCACUGAUCCAUCAAUGCACUCAUACCUCUGGUUUCCCGUCUGUGAAAGGCAAGAGGGAUGGCAAAUAUGUGGCAGUAACCUGUAGCCCUGACAGGGCGUCAGUAAUUGAUGCAGAGACCUCUUUCCACAGACCUGAGGUGCAGCCUCACAACCUUCAUCAGCCAGUUGAUGAGACAGGCCCAUCCGUGGAUGCUGUGGCCUGGAGGGCCUGCCUUGCUGGAGGGAGUCAGCACUGUGGGUCCCCUGGGUGGGGGCUGGGCUGGGACACUUGAGGGGCAGAGACCGAUUUUGAAGUCUUCCCCCCCCCACCCCGUGCCGCCCCCACCCCCAGUUUUGAGAACAGCCUCUCCCUGUGUCCUCCUGGAUCACUGGGACACUGAGGCCACUCACCAAGUGACUAGUAACAGACUGCAGGAGGAGUGGAGGCCUGCAGGCUCUGCAGAAAGCAGCCGGGGAGCAGCUGCAGGCAGCAGCCAUGCUCCUUUGUUAGGGACCUGGGUCCAGCAUUUGCUCUUUCUUCCCUGCCGGCCUGGCUUCCCCUUCCACCUCUCGCUGCUCCCUGAAUGCACUGUUCUCUGCACUCCGAGAUCGCCUCCACUCCCCUUCACCCCUAUGCAGGCAGGGCCAGGAAUUUCCAUGAUGUUUUCCAGAUCAGAAUCCACCGUGGAAACCUGAGGUUCCCAGCGGGCAGGGGAGGGGAAGUUAUGGGUGUGAAGUCGGGGGUUCCCUUUUUGGCACUGAAGACCCGGGCGGGCCUGGAUGGGGCUGGAGGCUCACUGGACUGACCAGCACCCCAUGGUCAGAGCUGGACCUGCAGGUCUCACCCUUCAGGGUCUCUGGCGGCAGCUCCCCACCGCCCUCUGAUGUUCUCUUUGUGUAUUCCUUUUCCCCCACCAGAGAAGCCUCUCAUAGGCUAGGCUUCCCCAAGCUAUGGGUGACUCACUCCCCUGCAGAGAAGAUACUGAGGGGAAGCACGCGCAGCUCUGGUCCACGAAGAGAGGGAAGCCGUGUCUCGCCCCCCCGCCUGGGCCCCCUGCCCUCCUCUGCAGGGCAGGGUGCAGGAUGUUUGGGCCUGGCUCGGGUGGAGGGCACUCUGACAUCUCAGAGAGGAGGACUGUGGAUCUGAAUGCACUUUUUGGGGCUCUCCUUGGCUGGGAGGCUUCAAGGAGCUGGGCAUUAGCAAUGGGGCUCCCCUCUGUGAGAAAGCAGCUAGGGACAGUGGGUCCCCCUUUCAUGGAUUUUGUGAAUUACAGGAAUGAGAUUUUGGGAAAUGAAUUUGGAAGGAGAUGGUUGAUCCUCUUGCUUCAAAAGCCCUAUUACCUACCAGUGUCUGUGCCAUUUUGUAUUUUACUAAUAAAACUGAAAAUCUUGUGAGCCAAA